AUGGAUAACGGCAUGUUGUUGGUGCCGCUCAUUAUUCACGAGGUGAAAGUUGAAGACACUGGCAGCUGGACCUGCAAAGCGGGCGAAUAUAACGAGACCAUAGACAUCGUUGUUGGGAUUAAGGUUAAAUUCCACACUAGACAAACUACCAUGGAAGGCGAUGAAGGCAAAAACGCAAAGCUUACAUGUGAAGCCAAAGGACAUCCAUUGCCAGUCAUUCAGUGGUACAAAGAUGGAAAACUUAUUACUGAUAAAACCGAUCCAAAUAAAUAUGCAAUGAGGAAAAAGGGAGACAAUUACAUUUUGGAAGUGAAAUCCUUGACUUACCAAGAUAUUGGCGAAUAUCUUUGCAAAGUCACACAGAAAGCGCUGUCAUAUUACACGGAUAAGACUAUACUGCUAUCAGUCAAGCCAAAAAUAUCACGUGCAGUGCUAUCGCGAAUCCAACACCUACUUAUAGUUGGUACAGGAGACACAAAACCUUUGAUACUGCAAUUCCUGAGGAAGAAACGUGAAGAAGACUUCGGCCAGUACACGUGUAAGGUCAGCAACAGCAAAGGCAAUAAAACGGUCAUCUUCGACGUGUCACUUGGAGAAAGACCGACCCCACCUGACGAUGUUACUCUAAUCGCUGCAAACGCCACACAUUUGACAUUUAACGUGUCCUGUGAAGCGUGCCCUAUAAGGAGGAGCGACAACAUUUCACCAGAUCCUAAAAAUCUCACAGUUAUAGAUACAGUAUUCGAAGUAGGUGAGCUGUCUAAUAUGACGACCUUCCACGGACGUGUUCGCACCCGUAACCUGGCUGGAGUAUCGGAUUGGUUCGACAUCCAUCCUGACCCAUCCACUACCUCGUAUGCGAACAGCAUCGACAUUAGUCUAGCGAUCCUUAUCAUAGCCUUUAUCACCACCAGAUAUUAA